UUCCCGCAGAGAGGCGAGGAGAAGAUGGCGGCCGUGUCUAGCGGAGCUGCAGCCGGGGCCGCCGCGGCGGCCGGGAUCCCGCUCCCCGCCCGGCCCACCCCCGGUAUGGGCAUGGGCCCCCAGAACCCCCGAGCCCCGCCGAGCUCCGGGAUCAGCGUCCCCCCCCCCGGCCACGCCGCGGCCCCCAGGCCCCCCCCGGCCCGAGUGGGCCACUACGAGAUCGAGCGGACCAUCGGGAAGGGGAAUUUCGCGGUGGUGAAGCUGGCUACGCACGUCAUCACCAAAGCCAAGGUGGCUAUAAAAAUAGUGGAUAAGACUCAACUGGAUGACGAAAACCUGAAGAAGAUAUUCAGAGAAGUGCAAAUCAUGAAGAUGCUAAAGCACCCCCACAUCAUCCGCCUCUACCAGGUGAUGGAGACGGAGAGGAUGAUCUAUCUGGUAACAGAGUUUGCAAGUGGUGGAGAGAUAUUUGAUCACCUAGUGGCUCAUGGGCGCAUGGCGGAGAAGGACGCCAGGAAGAAGUUCAAGCAGAUCGUGGCAGCAGUCCACUUCUGUCACUGCCGCAACAUCGUCCACAGAGACUUAAAGGCUGAGAAUCUGUUACUAGACCACAACCUCAACAUCAAAAUCGCAGAUUUUGGCUUCAGCAACCUGUUUUCUCGGGGGCAGCUGUUGAAGACGUGGUGCGGCAGUCCUCCCUACGCGGCUCCAGAGCUCUUUGAGGGCAAGGAAUACGACGGCCCUAAAGUAGAUAUAUGGAGCUUAGGGGUGGUGUUAUACGUGCUGGUGUGCGGGGCCUUACCCUUUGACGGCAGCACUCUACAAAAUUUGCGAGCACGUGUCCUCAGUGGAAAGUUCCGCAUCCCUUUCUUCAUGUCCACAGACUGUGAGUACCUAAUAAGACACAUGUUGGUUCUGGAGCCCAGCAGACGGUUGACCAUGGAGCAAAUCUGUAAGAACAAGUGGAUGAGACACGGAGAUCCGGACCCGGAGUUUGACAGGUUGAUAGCAGAGUGUGAGCAGGUGAAGACGGAGAGAGAGAUGGAGCUCAUCAACGAGCAGGUGUUGAUGGCCAUGUCUGAAAUGGGUUUGGACCGAGAGCGCACACUUCAGUCCCUACAAACAGAUGCGUAUGAUCACUACAGUGCCAUUUACAGUCUGUUGGCUGAACGCCUCAAGAAACACAAGUCCCUGCGUGUCGCCCCACCCCCACCGCGAUCUAUCAGCUAUCCUCUAAAUCCUAUUCAGCAGACAGACCAACAAGGUAAUCCUGUUAGCAUGACCGUUCCCCACGUCCAGCUCAUCAACCCAGAGAACCAGAUCGUUGAGCCCGACGGCAGCAUGGCCCUGGACAGUGAUGAGGGAGAAGAGCCGUCUCCUGAGGCCAUGGCUCGCUACCUGUCAAUGAGGCGACACACCGUGGGGGUACCCGACCAAAGGACGGAGAUGCCAGAGGACCUCCAGAAGCUUCCACCGGGCUUCCCUCGGGGCGCGUUGCCCCAGCCUCCCUUUCCCCAGCUCCCCCCCAACAUGGGCCAAGUGCACGGAUUCAUGCCCACACCGAGCCUGCAGCCGACACAGCAGCUGGAGUACAAGGAACAAUCGCUGCUGCAGCCGCCCACCCUGCAGGUGCUGAACUGCAUGGGGCCCUUGGGUCGGAGAGCUUCCGACGGCGGGGCCAACAUUCAGUUACACGCUCAGCUUCUGAAGAGGCCUCGGGGGCCGUCGCCGCUCGUCACCAGCCCGCAUCCUAACCCUGCAGUAGCUCCGGUGGAUGAGGAGGGUUCAGAUGGAGAGCCAGAUCAAGAGGCGGUGCAGAGGUACCUGUUGAACCGCUCCAAGCGGCACACGACGCACGCGCUCAUGAGCACACCGCAUGGCGAAUCCUCGACAGAGUCACAGAGGCCACAGGGCCCCCGCCAGAGGGGGGGCUGGGCCCCCGACACACACACCCGAUCCACCUAUAAGGACUGUAACACCCUUCAUCUCCCCAUGGAGCGCUUCUCUCCCGUCAGACGCUUCUCUGACGGCGCCGCGUCCAUCCAGGCCUUCAAGGCUCAUCUAGAGAACAACAGCCUCAUCAGGCAACUCAAGCAGGAGUGUGAACAGCUCCAGAAGAUGUAUGCAGCCCAGCAGGACGAGCGCUUCCUGGAGCACACGCAGCAGCAGCACAUCCUGUACCAGCAAGAGCAGCAGAUCCUCCACCAGCAAAUCCAGGUAGUCGAGGGUCUGUCUUUAGGCCAUGGAGAGAGCCAGCCCAGUCACUUAACCCACCAGCUCCAGAGGUUGCGUAUCCAGCCCUCCAGCCCUCCACCAACACAUCCCAGCAACCACCUCUUCAGACAGCCCAAUCAGAGUCCUCCGCCUGGCUCUGCAGGCUUAAUGCAAGGGCACGCAGGUCAGUCAUCAGUGCAGUACCAGCAUGGUGCCAUGUACCAAGGACAGAACGGCAGCCCGCCUCCAACAGGUCUGGCCCGGGUCCCCCUGCCAGCCAAUCCACAGACAGCAUCUCCCCGAACCACGGUUCCCCUCGCACCCGGCGUACCUCAGCAACAACAGGUGACCAUUCAGGUGCAGGAAGUGGAGCUGGGAGGUGGAGCACCGAGGCAGGGCAACUUUUUGUCCACGCCUGGAGGACACAGAGUCCUCGGGAAACAGCUUAGCGCAGACAACGCUGAGACGCACAGCCGCAGCCUUGGCCGGUUCACGUCUGGCUAUGACCAGGCCCAGUUCAGUCACCACCUGUUCUCCGCGGAUGCUGCUUCCCGGGGAACCUCCGGAAUCGUCGGCACCUACAGCCCCUACUUGCAAGGAACCUCCCUUAAAGUUCCCGGCCUGGAUGGUUACCCGAGCGGGGCGGCAGGAACCGGCAGCUACGGGACGCCCUCGGCUCUGCAGCAGGCCCUACUUUCCCCAACACCUUUGGACUACUGCCCCCCACAACAGCAUGUCACCCCCACCCUGCAGGGCCUCCUGUCUCCCCGCCAUUCGUUAACGGGCCACACCGACCCCAGGCUGCCCCCCCAGGACCUGGCCGCCCUGCUGAAGCGACACACCCCGCGCCCUCUUCCCACACCUGGGACGCCCCCCAGCGGCGCGGCGCAGGAGUUUGGAGAGAUGCUGCUCCUCCGCCAGCUGAACAAAGGGGACGGUCUGGAUCCCCCCGCGCCACAGGGGGCCUCCGGAGGGCAGCAUUACCACCUGUUACAGAUCAGACCCCCGGAGGUUCAGCCUCAGCCGCAGCACCCGAGUCCGGCGCCGUGUCCGAGCUUAGCUCACUCAGAGAGCAUGGAGGAGGACGACACGCCCGCGGGUUACCACCACCCGCACGAAGGCCUGCUGGUCAAGGCAGGGGACGGGCACGAGCUGCUGGGGCCUCCUCGCGGAGGCACCCCGCCCUACACUUCUCCCACACACAGGCACGGGGCCUACAUAAGGAAUGCACCAGCUACUAGAGAAUCUGAACAUGUGGAGUGCCGACCCCCGGAACAGGCCAUGGAAGUGCCGGACCACAACGGUGUGGGCUAUUCCCGGGGUCCCCAGGGUGAGGUGUACAGAUCCAGAGGACAGCUACAGCGCCACCACACCAUCCAGUGCUGCGAUGAUGCCUACGAUCAGGCAGAGCUCAUGUCGGGUAUGAGCCUCUUGGCCGGCAAGGCUCUCAGCUCCGCUCGAAUGUCGGACAUUCACAGCACGACGUCGCUGUCGGGGAGCCAGCAGCUGCACCAGCGGGAGGAGUCAGUGUGUGACGUAGAAGGGGAGCUCCACGCAGCGGCCUGCUACCACUCCUCCUGCACCAGUGACGUGCUGCACAGCUACAAGCCCCCCGACCUGCAGUACAGCAUGGAGCAGGCUGGGGUCUAGCACAGGGAGGAGUGUAUCCUGUGUGUGUGGAUCCACAUCAGCCACCCUGAGUUGCGUUGACUUGAGUUGAGCAGCAUCACGCCAAACCGCCAUCGUCUGCCCAAGUGGGGGCGCUGUGUGUCCAUCUGUCGGUCUUCAUCUUUCCCCUCAGGGGGCAGUUGUGCGAGAGAGGGAGCGGGGAGUGUGGAUGGGUGUAAACAUUUGCAGGUUGGGGUGGGUGGGUGGGGGUGUAGUGGGGCAUCGGGGUUCUAAUGUCAAAGUGCCAGCAUUUCUCUGCACAGACGUCCAGCAUUCUUUUGCUGCAUUCUCUCUUCUUUUCACCUCCCACUUUGGGUAGAUCGGAGUUCCCACAGCCUCCCUCUUUACACCCGACCCCUGCGCCUCCACCCCGGCCCGCCCCUCCACCCCCACACACAUCCUAGCUGCCGGCAUCCGUCACCACGUGCUUCCCUGGCCAACGCAUCGAUGCAGUAAAGCUUUCAAGAACACGGACGCCAACAACACAGAGCAACACACACACACACACACACACACUGCUGCCGCAAACCCAAAGUAUUUGCAUCAGGCCGGAGUGGGAGCGCCCGUGUGAGCGCGGUUGACAGGACGGGGCGAGGGGAGGGGAAGAGUGCCGACUAACCCGCCUGCUCCUCCGCCCCUCUCCGCCCCUCUCCGCCCCCUCGCUGUCCUGCAGAUGCUUCUGGAGCCGACGCCUCGGCAGCGCCGGCCCCUUCACGGCCGGGGUGGCGGGCUUUUCGGGUCAGGCUCCAACUGGGCACCAAAAUUGAUUUAUCCAAAGAUGGAGCUCAGUGACAUCGCACAGGACAAACCAGCUCUUCUUUUUCUUUUUUUUCUUUCUGGCAUUCAUUUUAAAAAUGUUUAUUUUAAAAUUUAUUUUUACUGUUAAUGUCAUUGUAGGCAUUAUGGUCAAUAUGGUUACUCUUCUUGUUAUCACUGUUUAUCUGUAAAAGAAGUUUUAUUAUAAUGAACAUUAUUAUUAUAUUAUUAUCAAAAGAAGACAGUUCUGUGUUGCAAGUAGGACAAUAUUGUUCUUUGAUUACUUAAGUAAUUCUGCACUUUUGGUUCAAGCUAUCCUCAGUCGGUUCCCACUGCUCCUCCCACUUCCUGUCAUCCUCUCACCUUGCUCUCCUCUCCCCCCCUCCCAUCUUCAGCCUCCCUGCCUCCCAUCCUCUUCUCCCGUGUCAGUGACGGUGUAAUUCAUUGUGGGUAGUUUUACCAGGCGUUUCCUCCUUUCCUUGUACAGUGAUGCCAUGUAUAGAACGCUAUUACCAUUUUUUUUUUUUUUUCUUGGUCAGUUGUUUUUAGAUGUCGUUGGGGCGUUCGUUCUUUUGUUGGCUUUUUUUUUUUGCUUUUUUUUUUUAUUGAUAAUGUUCAUCAUUUGUAUUUUUGUAUUUCUUUUUUUUUGUGCUUUAUUAAUCUUGAGAUUUCUAGCCAAAAGAGAACAGAGAAGAGAGAUGGCCCUCUUUCUGUCGUAAAAACAAUUCUUAUUUUAAUAUUAUUAUAUUGAGACACUUGAAAAAGAGUAAUUAUUUUGCGUUGCAUUUUAAAGUAUCAUUUCAAUGGAUGUUGUGACUGUCAUUCAUGUGGAUGUUGGGCCUGUUUUCUGUUAACGGGGUGCUUGUGGCAGGCUAUACAGGGUCAGGCUUCGGGCUUUGUCUGGGUCGGUUCGGGUGCUACAGAGACUUGACACUUUAAACAAAACAAAAAAAGACAAAAAAACAAGGGAAAACUUGUAAAAUAGCUGACAUAUCAUGUUAAUCAUCACAAGCGUGGAGAUGGACUCUUCUCUUCCUCCCUCCGUCUGUCUGCUGCGAUCCUCCAAUCAUCCUUCACUACAUCAGUUUCUGAUCAGACGGCGCCUUACGGACGUGCCCCCCCCUCCCCCCAGACAACUUACAUGGACAACCAUGGAGGAAACUACAACUACAGUCACCCCUCUUCCCAGUGUUUUGGUUUUUCUUUAACUGUACUUUUGCUUUUGCCCCUUUUUGUCUGAGCCCAAGCCCAGAGUGCAGGAUGGAAGGAGGUCAUUUCUGCACGUCGUGGCUCACGUUGCUGUUGGACACAUCCGGACGCGCCUCCUAACUGUAAAAGGGAAACAUUUCAGCGAGUGACCAUAGGAAUCAGCCUAAUUCUUCUAUAACAAGGGAACACAAGUUUGCAUUCAGAGCUGAGCAGGACGCCUGAAACCUGUUUCCUCUGCUCAAGCUGAUGGAGGCUGCAGGACCACAGCAGAGGACCCCCUCCCUCCCCCCUUUAAUUUUUAAACUUUAGUUCAAUGCUUGAGCUCUGUCUAUCCUGCAACAUGCCAUAGUCCUGAAUGGUGAAUCAAUAUCUGACCAUCGAAGACUAAAGCUGCAGUUGUGCUUGUACAGGCUACACAUCACAAUACCCGGCUGCACAGUUGAUAUGCUGGUCGCUGCGUACGCCUGACAGCUGUAGACGGUGCCACACAGUGCUAGUGCUUUCCAUUUGCAUCACAGCGCUUCCUUUUUACCAACAUUCGACGCCACGUGCUGCAAAAACGAGGACAGCGGAGCGCGUCUCGAUCCGAUGUGGAUUUAGUCGCUUCACAAAGUCGGUUGACGUCUCAUCGGGCUCUCCUCCGUCGCACGUCAACGUCUCCCUCCAGCUCCCAUUUGUUUCUCUUUCCCAUCUUUCCUCUCAUGUUCACUCAUUGUUUACACCCAAACCAAAAGAGAUUUGAGAGAGAAAUGACUGAGUCAGCUGUGGAGGAGGGAAACGCAGUAGCGUGUCUUAUCCCACACGAGGGUAGGAGCUGAAAUAGCAGCCGGUGAGUCUACUGUAACGUUUGGACCCGUCUGAGGAGUCGUCGUGUGACAUGUGUCUGCGGAGGCGCGAGCAGCUGCCGAGAGAAAGGGACCGCUCAAGGGAAUGGAAAGCACUGCGCGGUGCAGGAGUUACGGAGCGAGCUGCUGCACACCCAAACCAUUCCCCUUUUUUUUCCUCUGCCCCAACUUCCCCAUCCCUGACUUCUUUUUUUUUCUCUCCAUCCCAGCUUGCCAGCUCUGCUCCAACGCCAUUUAUUAGGUUCAUUUUGUUCUUUGUUUGUUUUCUAUCAAUUCUAUUUUUUUUUCUAUUUUUCGUUGUCGUUUUUGUUCAUUUCUGUUGAGUACAAAAUACUAAAGUGCAACAACAAUGAUUAAAAAGAAUAUCAACCAAACUGAGAUGAAUAAAUAUAUAUAAAUAAAUAAUUUAAAAAGG